GUGCGAGUGAAAUGAGUGGAACAGAUACCACAAUUUUGCGGUGAUAACUAUGACAUAUAACAGCUGAUUCGUGACGUCACGGAUCUUAUAACCAAACUGAUAACUACACUCGCUUGAACGGAUUGGUAAAUACCAACCCAAAAUGGUAAAUACCAUUUCCAUUUGGUUAUCCGCUUGAAUUUGAUUAUAAAACAUAACCUCAACCGGUAGUAUUUUGAUGGGAAAACUUUGAAUACUGAUGCUAAAAAGAAUAAUAAUUGAUGUUCGUAGUCAUCUUUCGACAGAAUUAUCGUUUUAUAGCAUGUCUUCUAAAGGAAAAAGUAAAUCCAAAUCCAUAAAAAAGGAUGAAAGUGCGCCAAAACCAAAGGAAGAAAACAAUGUCAUAUCGUUAGACAAGUCAAAUAAUAUUAUUGUUCAAAUAUUAGCCAAGCCUGGUGCAAAGCAAAAUGGAAUCACUGGCAACCAGAAUUACGCCGUCGCGUGACCCAAAAGAGCGCUAUAGCUUGCAGCCAGAAUACGCGGGUGUUCACGACGGCAGCGUUCGAUAUCCAUCUGGAAGCAUCUACCGCCAUCGAGAAGCAUCGAUUGACAUCUAGAGAACUUGGAUAAAGCCCGGGAUUACUCUAAAAUUCAUUGACGGAAGUUAAAAACCAGCCCAGAUCGCGGAAGCGUUCGGUCACAGUCGGACCGACAACGUGGGAUGAAUCAGUAAUGGUUCGAUAGUCCAGUCGACGUGGUUGUAAAUUUGUAUUAAAUAAUUUGCAAGUGUUGUUAUAAAUUGGUGUAAGAGUAAUAAAUUAGACUUUAAACAGAGGAAACAAUGUUUUCGUUACACUAUAUUCGCGCAACCAAGAAAUUGUCUGAGAUACCGUAGCAUCAUCUAUUAGAAU